AGACAAGUACCUCCAGAAGCCGAGAGUAGUGCUGUAUACCGCCCCUUCUUCUUUGUGUGCGCCCCCCUUUGUUUGUUAAUUUUGUUUUUAAUUUCUCCCAAAAAGGCAUUGGCAUGAAAAUGUGAAAAUUAUGGAGAAAUCCAUGAAUAGGAGAAGGAUAAAUGAUGAUUUCUAUGAGACAUCACGAUAAUGCACGUCUAUUCAUCACUUGAUAGAUUCUCUAUUCACUAAUUAACUACUUACAGUCAGUGCUAACCUUGUACAAAUCAUAGAAUUAACUCAUUUUGCGAACAGCAAUCAGCUGUUGGCUGUCUGCUAUACGCAAAUUCAAGGAUGCAAUUUUCGCUGCAUUAAAAUUCUACCUCUGUCGAUAUAUGAGGGAAGGUGAUUAUCUGUUUGAUCGGCCAAGUUGCACACGAACCGGAGAAAUGAGCGGGAAGGUGCACGACCUAGUAAACAAUGAGGCUAACAAUGUGAAAAUAAUUCUACUGCUGGAUUUCAUAAAGUUUAAUUAGGUGUUUUUGAUAUUACAGUGUAUUUGUAAUAAUUUUUUGAAUAUUUAAAAGCUAAUUUUGUAAUUGAGAAUUAAUUUGGCGACUGAAUGAGGUUAGAAAAACAGUUUUCAAUGAAGUUUGAUUGAUCAUUCUGAGGGAUUAUUCGUUGCUUUAUCACUAUGGCAGACGAUAAAGCAAUUAAAAAUGUGCAGAGCACAUUCUCCAUGUACGGAUUCUCCAUCACGAGGAGUGUUGCGACGUUCCUAGUAAAACAGUUGCUGAGUGUUGCCCCGGACCAGCGAGAGCUCUGGCUGACGAGAAUAACAGAUAAAAUUCUGGCCCUCAACCUAGUGGAUCCCCACGUCUCCCUGGAGCACGUGAAGCACGCCAUAAAGGAGUGCGUGAGGCCAGACGAGAUUCUUGACGCGUCCGAAACGAUCUUCAAUGUCCUUAACUUCGAGGACAUCCCUCAGGUCGUUUACGACCCUACCAUGAAGAAGUUUGUCCUUCGGAAGGUGCCGCGGGACUAUUUCCCCGAGCCCCUGCAUAAGCCCAACGUCUUCAGGGACAGGCUGACUUUGUUGAGGGAGAGGACUAUGCGUCAGGAGCCCUUUGCACCCAGAAAGUUUGGAGAGAAGAACAAGGAGAAGAAGGAACUUGUCCCUAUUGAAUGUUUAUUGACGGAUUCUAGGGAGGGAAAUUUAUUUGUUAUGGGGAUCCUAUCGCAGCUGGUGGACGGCCAGUACUUCCUGGAGGACACUGGAGGGGCUGUAAAAAUCGAUCUCACGAAGAACCCCCAAGUCUUCGACGAAGGUCUGAUAACAGAAGGUUGCAUAGUGAUAGCCCAAGGGUACUUUGAGGACGGCCUCCUGGAGGUCAAGAGUAUCCAGCUACCGCCGAUCGAGCCUUCGGCGAGCUCUCGUGCCGCUUUCGGCACUGAGAACACCUUCGGCGGCCCUCAUAAGACGUCUCUCAAGUGCUCCGAGAAGCUCCACAACCACCAGGAGGCCCACCACACAGACAUGAUCGUCAUAAUCUCAGAACUGUGGCUGGAUAACGCCGAGGUUCUUGAAAAAUUCCGAGUUAUCCUCGAGGGCUACUCAGAAGCUCCCCCCAUUGCCUUCAUCAUCUGUGGCCACUUUCUCUCAUGUCCACCAAACGUCACCAGUGGAAAAAAGCUCCAGGAGGGGUUCAGGCAGCUCUCUGAACUCAUUGAGAGCUAUCCUGACAUCAAAAACACCUCGAAAUUUGUAUUCGUUCCCGGACCUCAGGACCUGGGGGCCCCAAAGAUCCUUCCUCGUGGAUCUCUACCCAGAAAACUCCUCGAGGACUUCACUAAGAAGAUCUCUGGGGCUGUGCUUGCUGGAAACCCCUGCAGGAUUCAGUACUGCACGAAGGAAAUUGUUGUUUUUAGAGAGGAUAUGAUCGCCAAAAUGUGCAGAAAUACUCUUAAAUAUCCGGAGCGGGGAAGUUUCUAUGAUCAUUAUGCGAAAACAAUGAUUUCUCAAUCUCACCUAGCCCCGAUGAGCUUACCAGUGGUUCCUGUGUACUGGAGACACGAUCAUGCCCUCCAGCUGUACCCAACACCAGACCUGAUAAUCACAGCGGAUAAUUCCCAACAAUACACCACAAAAAUCGGUGAAUGUCAAGUAGUAAAUCCGGGCACAUUCCCGCGGAAUAAUUUUUCGUUCAAAGUGUACAGACCAGGAACUGACGAGAUCGAAGACUGCGAGCUCCCGAAUGACACCGAAGACGGGUGAAUAAAUCCGUGCGUUAAUAACUGGCAAUUAUUUCUAACCUGAAGUGAUUAAGCAGUGAAUGACUAAUAAAAUGUUUCCUGAUUAUCGAUUUAUCUCGGUAAUUACUAAUUUUACCAAAAAUCGUCAAAUCAACUUUUUAUCGGAAAUGUAAUUCUCCACGGAAAAUGUCUGCUGACAUUUUCCUCUAAAGUCACUGAUUAUCGAGAUCAUUAUCAAAACAUGAAAUAAAAAAAGUGUAAAUAA